GUGAUUUUGUGUGUAUUUGCUUUCAUAAACGGGUUUGCAAUAGGAACCACGUCUUCCGAAAAUCGAACCGCAUUAAAAUGGCCAAAGUUAAUCCGGACUUGAUCGGGGAGAGGAAAAAAUGUAGCUUUAACAUAGAUGAACUGACUAACCUGUUGGACGGAGGCGUAGAUAAAACCGCACGUAGGAGAAAAAGAGAAAAGUUUAUCCUGAGUGAUCCCGAACUAUUCAGCGGACCUAAUUAUUCGAAUUUAAAUCCGAAAGAGAAGUACGAGUAAACAAUUAGGCGAAGCACGCUAAUACUUAGAAAGGUCUUCCAACUUCAGGAAGGAAAACGAGAUCUAAAUGACCUUACGAAACUCAAAUCCGAUUUUGGUCAAUCAUGGUAUGUUUAUUCCAACAAUAGUAGGACAAGGGACUCCCGAUCAACAAGCCAAAUGGUUGGCAAGGGCGUCGAAUUUUCAAAUCAUUGGAACUUACGCACAAACAGAACUCGGUCAUGGAACAAAUGUACGGGGCUUAGAAACUACAGCUACUUAUGAUCCCAGUACGGAAGAAUUCGUUUUGAAUACUCCUACCCUAUCAGCGUAUAAAUGGUGGCCAGCGGGUUUGGGUCACACCGUUAAUCACGCUAUCUUGGUCGCUCAGCUAGAAGCAAACGGCAAACGUUAUGGUGUUCACACGUUCGUUGUCCAACUUAGGGACGAAGAAACCCACAUGCCGUUGCCUGGCGUAACUAUCGGCGAAAUUGGUCCCAAACUGGGUAUGAAUGGAACUAAUCAAGGAUUCCUUGCUCUCGCAAAGGUUAGAAUACCGAGAGCCAAUAUGUUAAUGAGGCACAGUCAAGUUUUGCCGGACGGGACGUACGUCAGUUCCCCAAACCGGGCUUUGACUUACAACGCAAUGCUCUUUGUGCGAUUAUUGAUAAUUUAUCAAUCGGCAUGGUAUCUGAAAAGGGCCGUCACAAUCGUAACGCGAUACAGUGCCGUUCGUCGCCAGGGCGGAGCGAAAAGAGGUGUUGAAUUACAAAUUAUGGAUUACCGAACGCAACAACAAAAAAUAUUUCCAUACAUCGCUACGUGUUUCGCAUUCCAAUAUGUCGGCGACUGGCUUUGGAACGUGUACAAUGAAGUCAAUGCCGAAUUGGACACCGGAAAGCUCGAGAAUUUACCAGAGCUCCAUUCGCUGUCGUGCGUGUUCAAGGCCAUUACAAGUGCCGACGCUGCAGCCGGAAUUGAAAUAUGCCGUCUGGCUUGCGGCGGCCAUGGUUACAUGCAAGCGUCCAAUCUUCCAAUACUCUACGGACUGGCGACCGCCAUGGUAACGUACGAGGGCGAAAAUACGGUGCUGCUUCUACAGACUGCAAGAUAUUUGAUUAAGGUGUGGCAAAGUGGAAAUUUAUCUCGUAUUCCGAGCGUUAAUUACUUGAACACCGCUCUGCAAACAAAGAGACCGUUCGAGCGAUCGGUUGAGUGGAUUAUAUUCGCCUUGCGCAGGGCCUUCACAAGUCUCAUAACAAGAGCAGACCAGGGCCUAAGAGAUAGAAUGGCUAGUGGUCAAACCAAAGAAGAUGCGUGGAACAACACCUCAAUUGACCUGGUGGAGGCGGCAGACCAUUACGGCAGAUCAUUUAUUGUUGAAGCUUUUCAUGAGAGAGUCGGCAAGCUAUCUGUUUCUGCCGCUUUGAAAAGUGUACUCAAUCAAUUGGAUGAACUGUACGCAGUCUCUACGGCACUUAAACUGAAAGGGUCGCUAUUGAGGUUUGCAGAUAUAUCGGAACGGCACCUUAUAACACUUCAGGCGUGGUUGGAAGAUUUACUAGCUGUUAUCAGACCCAACGCCGUCGGUAUAGUGGACAGUUUCGAUAUUCGCGAUGAAAUUUUGGCUUCUGCGUUGGGGUCGUACGACGGAAACGUCUACGAAAGGCUUUACACCGAAGCUCGGAAGAGUAUGCUAAAUUCAGAACCCGUUAACGAAUCGUUUCAUCUCUAUUUGAAGCCAUUUAUGAGAUCUAAUUUAUAAUUUUAUAUGUUUCGGCAGAUGCGGUGGAAUAA